UUAAAAUGAUUGAGAGCUUGGGAGUUCCUGGCAUAAGCAGAGAACAGGUGCUUGUGAGACCCAGUUUCCAUGGCUUUGGCUGAGGAUAAGCAAUUGAAAAACCUGAAGAUUUUUAAUAAAGAAGACUUCCAUACAGACUGGGUCAGGAUUGCGAGUGGCGGGUUCGGACACGUUUAUAAAGUCAAGCACAAGUUAUGGAGGGAAACGUUUGCAGUGAAAUGCUGCUCGGGGGUGUCUUCCGACUCCGGUUUGUACAGAACCAUGAUAGAGGAAGCUUCCAAGAUGGAGAAAAUGAAGUUCCGAUACAUUGUCCCUGUCUAUGGGAUCUGCAACGAUCCUCCGGCCAUAGUGAUGGAGUACAUGAAGAAUGGCUCUUUGGACCAGAUACUCCCCACCCACAGUCUCAUGUGGGCCAAGAAGUUUGAGAUCCUCCACGAGGUAGCCUUGGGCAUGAACUUCCUGCACAGUGCUACUCCACCCUUGCUUCAUCUCGACCUGAAACCCGGGAACAUCCUUCUAGAUGAAAACCUGCAUGCAAGGGUAAGGGAAGCAGACACGUGGAAGCGACGGGGUGCAUACCCCUAUACGAAGAUUUCAGAUUUUGGCUUGUCCAAAUGGAAGGAGUGUUCGAGCAGGAUGGAGUAUAUUGAACUCUCUGCGAUCAGAGGAACGCUGAGCUACAUCCCCCCAGAGAUGUUUCUACAGAACAGCAAACCUCCAGGAACAAAAAACGAUGUGUACAGCUUCGCCAUUGUGAUCUGGGAAGUCCUAACUCAGAAAAGGCCAUAUUCAGGAGCCAAUAUGAUGACGGUGAUAGUAAAAGUGGCAGCUGGGAGAAGACCCUGUAUGGAGGAUGUCCCAGAGGACCGGCCACAGGAGUGCGAGCAGAUGAUUAACUUGAUGCAACGGUGCUGGUGUCAGGAGGCAAGGCGGAGACCAUGUUUUGCAGACAUUACCAAAGAAACAGAGGUCCUCAGUGAGAUGCUGAAAACACCAAACCUGGGUCAGAGACCAAAUGAAAAGGCAAAAACACACCAGCUUCUGUACUGCAAAACCUCCAACAGCAUUAAAGUACCUAAGAUGGGACCAAACACAGAAAUAAGCAAUGCAAGUGAUGAAGAAGGAUCUGAAAAAGACAUCAUUAGCACGAUGAGAAAAAGAGACCUCUCUAUUUUUAAGAAGAUGCUGAAGGAAGUACACGUGACCAUGGUUUUUGAAGACAACUACUCCUUGCUUCACUAUGCCGUUGCCACGGGAGACACAGAGAUUGUAAAGCAAGUUCUGAGUUUUGGGGCGAAGGUAGACUCCCAAAGUGUCAAUGGGUACACACCUUUGAUUAUAGCUGCUCUAUAUAAAUAUCCAGACUUGUGCUCAUUGUUAAUUGAGCAUAAAGCAGAUGUGAACUUGAGUGAUGAGGACAAGUGGACCCCUCUCCAUUUUGCCGCUCAGAAUGGUGAUGACAAGAUUGUGCGCCUCCUUUUAGACAGCAAUGCAGAUGUGAACGCCAAAGAGCGUGACGGUUGGGCGCCUCUUCAUUUGGCAUCUCAGAACGGCCAUGAAAACGUUGUCCGGGUCCUCCUACUACGCCGAGCCGCCAUUGACCUUCAGGAGAAUGAGAACCGGACAGCCCUUCACAUUGCAGCCGCUUUCGGCCACAUCAAUAUCCUCAAACUGCUGCUAAGUCAAGGAGCCGACCUGAACAAAAAACAGAAGGGCUGUCAGACAGCACUGCACCUGGCCUCGGAAAAAGGACACUUUAGAGUUGCGAGGCUUUUGGUGAAAAGCGGGGCAGACCUAAACAGUACGGAUAGCAACCACUACACUGUCCUACACAUGGCUGCUUUAAAGGGAUACAAUGGAAUAUGCAGGCACCUGCUCAAGCACUGUGCGAAUCCAAAUCUCAAAACCAUGCAAGGGUGGACACCCUUGCACCUCGCUGCUUUCAAUGGCCACGCAGUCACGGUUCGGCUGCUGAAGGAAAACCACGCGAAGCUCAAUGUCAGGGGAGACAUGGGGUGGACGCCUCUGCAUUUGGCCACUCGCAGCGGCCAAGAAGAGGUCAUUUCUGAGCUUCUUGAGGCAGGGGCCGACCCCAACGUCGCGGAGGAAUCCGGGUGGACGCCGCUCCAUCUGGCUAUCCAAAGAGGGAGCUUUCUCAAUGUCCUCAAGCUGAUCGACCAUCGUGCAAACGUCAAUGCCAGAAACAGGUUCGGGUGGACUCCUUUGCACAUCGCAGCACUGAAGGGGAAUGCCCCGAUAGCAAAGGCUUUAUUAAUGAACAGAGCUGAGCUAACCGAGGAUUCAAACGGCUGUACUGCACUGCAAUUAGCAGUAAGAAACCAGAAGGAGAGCGUUGUAAAGUUGCUUGAAGAUGCCCUUGAUGUCAACAGAGAUCCUGCUUCUCACUUUUACAAGGUUGAACACCUUAGGCACUCUUUAAUUUGUAUAACAGUGGAGCACAAACAGAGGAUAAAACAAGCUGGCACUGACUUCACUGGGAUUACUGCAGUGCCCCUGCGCUGUGGUGUCAGAAACACCACAAAGCACAGCUACAGGCUAUACAUUGCAGAGAAUUACCCAAUCUCCCAGGAGAGGCUCCCAUGUCUCCCUAAUUGCUGAGCCUGUCUUUCUGUAUUAAACUUCUGUAUUUUUGAUAUGCUUGGCUGAAAAAUACGUGCUACCUCAGCUCUAAUAGCUUUAUUAUUAUUAAUAUUAUUAUUAUUAUUAUUAUUAUUAUUAUUAUUAUUAUUAUUAUUAUUAUUAUUAUUAUUGAUAAUAAUGUAAAUGUAAUCUGCCCAAGACCUGUUAUACAUUUUGAACAUGUCUGACUCUUCAAAUCCAGGAGGUAGGAGACCCUGAAUCCCAAUGACUUUUUGAAGUUGACAUGCAUCUGAAUUAUUAUUUAUUUGUAGCUUUGUUUAAUAUUUAUCCCAGUCCACACCUGUCGCACCGCUUGUCAGAAGAAAGGCUGCAGAACUCCUUGAGGGAGUAGCUACGUUCCAAUAACCUGCAAUACCCAAUUCUAUACAUCACACUGUGCUUUAAUCUUAAAUAAUGAACAAUAAAA